AUGCGCGUCGCAGGCGUCCAGACCUCCGCGACCACCAUACGCCCGCGCGCCGGGGGCGGGGCUGAGGACGCACGACCUUUCACACUCCCGCGCGUCUGGCGCCUCCGAAAAAGCUGCGGGUGCGGAGGAGCUGUGGAGCUGACCCCGGGAGCCAGGAGCAUGACGACCUGGUGUGUGUGUCACAUUUGUUCCUGCGGGCGACAUCAUUGCCCACAUGGAACCACAAGGAUUUAUGAAAAUUCUGACGUGCCUUGUCCCACAGCUGAAUGUUUGGGAAAAUAUCCUCUGUAUGGCAGUGUUCUUCCACCUCAGAGUCUGAAGCCCAAGGAAUAAUUUUGAGCAUAUAGUGGUAAAAUGGAAGGAAUAACAACAUUUAAGUAA